ACGCGCUUGUCUGAUAGUGUGAGCGCGCGGCGGCGGUGACAGUCGCCAUUUUAUUUUGAAAUAAAAGUGAGGCGGAGGAGCUGCUUCCAUUUCGUCAAAUUUGUUCUGGGAGAUUAUCAGGGAUGAGGAUUUAAUUUACUUUCUUGAGAGCACGAUGCAGUACCGGAUUUUAAAUUGAAGAACUCUACCUAAUAGACUUGGGAACUACAGAUCAGAAUACAUAGUUGGACGUCAACAUUUGUCACACCUUUUGGGGGGGGGGAGCAGAAGUAACUUAUCACUGAAGUGACUAAAGGGGAAUAAUGGUGAUUUUGCGCCGUGCUCGGCCGCCUGCUUCCGCCCCAACCAGCAAUGAAUCUUGACUCGCUCUCGCUGGCUUUGUCUCAAAUCAGCUAUCUGGUGGACAAUUUAACAAAGAAAAACUAUCGAGCCAGCCAGCAAGAAAUACAGCAUAUUGUAAAUCGUCACGGACCUGAGGCAGACAGGCAUCUACUACGCUGUCUCUUCUCCCAUGUGGAUUUCAGUGGCGAUGGUAAAAGCAGUGGAAAGGACUUUCACCAGACACAGUUUCUGAUCCAGGAGUGUGUGUCGCUGAUAUCAAAGCCCAACUUUAUCUCUACCUUGUGUUACGCCGUUGACAAUCCUCUGCAUUACCAAAAGAGUUUAAAACCGUCAGUCCACCUCUUCGCUCAACUCAGUAAAGUUCUGAAGCUCAGCAAGGUCCAGGAGGUGAUAUUUGGCCUUGCUUUGCUUAGUUCCAGCAACACAGACCUUCGAGGUUUCUCUGCACAGUUCAUCAAGCAGAAACUCCCGGACCUCCUGCGCUCAUACGUCGACGCAGAUCUUGGUGGAAACCAAGAAGGUGGCUUCCAGGAUAUUCCAAUAGAGGUGUUGCACCUGCUGCUCUCCCAUCUCCUGUUUGGUCAGAAGGGAGCCAGUGGGGUAGGGCAGGAGCAGAUUGACGCCUUCCUCAAGACACUUUGCCGAGAUUUCCCCCAGGAGCGCUGCCCCGUGGUGCUCGCACCACUUCUGUACCCUGAAAAACGGGACAUUCCUACGGACAGGAUCUUUCCAGACUCGGGGGAGUUGGCCAAGACCAUGGAGAGUUCUCUUGCUGACUUCAUUCAGGAAGUGGGCUACGGCUUCUGCGCUAGUCUGGAUGAAUGCAGGAACAUAAUCCUCCAGUAUGGGGUGAGAGAGGUGACUGCCAGCCAGGUAGCCAGAGUCUUGGGGAUGAUGGCUCGAACUCACUCUGGCCUUACCGAUGGCAUCCCGCUGCAGUCGAUUUCUGCUCCAGGAAGUGGCAUAUGGAGUGAUGGGAAGGAUAAGACUGACAGCUCGCAGCCGCAUACGUGGAACGUGGAAGUUCUCAUUGAUAUCGUUAAAGAAGUGGAUCCCACCCUGAACUUCAAACAAGUGACAUAUGAACUGGACCACCCAGGCUUUACAAUUCGUGACAGUAAAGGCCUCCAGAUAGUGGUGUAUGGUAUCCAGAGGGGGCUGGGGUUGGAGGUCUUCCCUGUUGAUCUCAUCUAUCGCCCGUGGAAACACGCAGAAGGACAGUUGUCCUUUAUUCAGCACUCCCUGAUGAACCCAGACGUGUUCUGCUUUGCGGAUUACCCCUGUCACACUGUCGCCAUCGACAUCCUGAAAGCCCCGCCUGAGGACGACAACAGGGAGAUUGCAACAUGGAAAAGUCUGGACCUGGUAGAGAGCCUUCUCCGCCUCUCGGAGGUCGGACAGUACGAGCAGGUGAAGCAGCUCUUCAACUUUCCCAUCAAGCACUGCCCAGACAUGCUGGUGCUGGCACUACUGCAGAUCUCCACCUCCUGGCACACGCUACGUCAUGAGCUCAUCUCCACCCUGAUGCCCAUCUUUCUGGGCAAUCACCCCAACUCCGCUAUUAUCCUGCAUUAUGCCUGGCAUGGACAGGGACAGUCUCCCUCCAUUCGUCAGCUCAUCAUGCACUCUAUGGCUGAUUGGUACAUGAGGGGGGAGCAGUACGACCAGGCCAAGCUCUCCCGCAUCCUAGACGUGGCCCAGGACCUAAAGGUUAGACUCGAUUCUUUAUCCAUGCUGCUGAAUGGUACUCCAUUUGCCUUUGUUAUUGACCUCGCUGCACUUGCCUCUCGCCGUGAAUACCUCAAACUUGAUAAGUGGCUGACUGACAAAAUCAGAGAGCAUGGGGAACCUUUCAUCCAGGCGUGUGUGACAUUCCUGAAGAGGCGCUGUCCAUCCAUCAUGGGGGGUCUGGCUCCCGACAAAGAUCAGCCCAAAAGUGCCCAGCUCCCCCCUGAGACUUUGGCCACCAUGCUUGCCUGCUUACAGACCUGCGCUGGGAAUGUGACCCAGGAGUUGUCAGAAACUAUCCUUACUAUGGUUGCCAACUGCAGCAACGUAAUGAAUAAAGCUCGACAGCCACCACCGGGGGUAAUGCCAAAGGGACGCGCCCCGAGCACCAGCAGCCUCGAUGCAAUCUCACCGGUGCAGGUGGACCCUCUGACUGGAAUGGGCUCCUUGAACCUGGGUGGCACAGCCACCUCCCACACUCCGAGCAUACAGGGCUUUCCAGGCUCUCUGGGUUCAGCUUUCAGUAAUCCCCAGUCCCCUGCUAAAGCCUUUCCCCCUCUCACCAACCCCAACCCCAGUACACCAUUUGGGGGUAUUGGCAGUCUGACCUCGCAGCUUCCUGGAAUGGACUCCGGUCCUCUGGGCUCCGGCAUCGGCUCCGGCAUUGGCUCCAGCCUCGGAAUGUCGACAGUAAGCACUGACCCUUUCAGCAACAGGAAGAUAGGCACACCAGGGCUGAACCCGCCGACCUUUCAGCAGACUGACCUUUCUCAGGUGUGGCCCGAAGCAAACCAGCACUUUAGUAAGGAGAUAGACGACGAAGCAAACAGUUAUUUCCAACGAAUCUACAACCACCCGCCUCACCCCACCAUGUCUGUUGAUGAAGUGUUGGAGAUGCUUCAGAGGUUCAAGGACUCCACCAUCAAGCGGGAGCGGGAGGUGUUCAACUGCAUGCUUCGGAACUUGUUUGAGGAGUACCGGUUCUUCCCUCAGUACCCCGACAAGGAGCUGCACAUCACUGCCUGUCUGUUUGGGGGCAUCAUUGAGAAGGGUCUGGUCACAUACAUGGCUCUGGGUCUGGCUCUGCGAUACGUCCUUGAAGCCUUACGGAAACCGUACGGAUCCAAAAUGUAUUACUUUGGAAUUGCAGCUUUGGACCGGUUCAAAAACAGACUUAAGGAUUACCCUCAGUAUUGUCAACAUUUGGCCUCAAUUGCUCACUUCUUGCAGUUUCCACAUCAUCUACAAGAGUGCGUGCAGUAUAUCGAGUAUGGCCAGCAGUCACGGGACCCCCCGGUGAAGAUGCAGGGCUCCAUCACCACUCCCGGCAGCAUGGCUCUCGCACAAGUUCAAGCCCAGUCGCAGCAGUCUGCCGGCCUCAAAGCACCACAGCCGGGCCAGGCUAGCACUCUGGUUACCACGACGACAACUACCACCACAGUAGCUAAAACCACCACCAUCACAAGACCAACAACCAGCAGCUUCAAGAAGGACAUGCCUCCUUCCAUAAACACUACCAACAUCGACACGCUGCUGGUGGCCACGGACCAGACCGAAAGGAUUGUAGAACCCCCAGAGAACGUUCAGGAGAAGAUUGCUUUCAUCUUCAAUAACCUUUCUCAGUCCAACAUGACACAAAAGGUGGAGGAGCUGAAGGAGACGGUGAAGGAGGAGUUCAUGCCCUGGGUGUCUCAGUACCUGGUGAUGAAACGAGUCAGCAUCGAGCCCAACUUCCACAGCCUCUACUCCAACUUUUUAGACACACUGAAGAACCCGGAGUUUGUGAAGAUGGUUCUCAAUGAAACUUACAGGAACAUCAAGGUGCUUCUGACAUCUGACAAGGCAGCUGCUAAUUUCUCUGAUCGCUCCCUGCUGAAGAACCUGGGUCACUGGUUGGGCAUGAUCACUCUGGCCAAAAACAAGCCUAUUCUUUAUACAGAUCUGGAGCUCAAAUCUCUGUUACUGGAAGCUUAUGUGAAAGGCCAGCAGGAGCUGCUCUAUGUGGUUCCUUUUGUGGCCAAAGUUUUGGAGUCAAGUCUUCGUAGCAUGGUCUUCAGGCCUCAGAAUCCGUGGACCAUGGCCAUCAUGAAUGUCCUUGCUGAGCUCCAUCAAGAACAUGACCUCAAGCUGAAUUUGAAGUUUGAGAUUGAAGUUCUCUGUAAGAACUUGUCUCUGGACAUCAAUGACCUGAAGCCUGGAAAUCUGCUGAAAGACAAAGAGAAGCUGAAGAUGCUGGAAGAGCAGCUGUCUGCGCCAAAGAAGGAGUCCAAACCUCCAGAGGAAAUGCUGCCCGUUUCAACCUCAGCUCCUCCCUCCGCCCCAGCUGCAACCACCACCACGUGCACAACAACAGGGCCUCCCACCCCACAGUUCAGCUACCAUGACAUCCACGUCUACUCCCUUUCUGGCCUGGCUCCUCACAUUAACGUAAAUGUAAACAUCCCUCUGCUGCAGGCGCACCCGCAGCUGAAGCAAUGCGUGAGACAGUCUGUGGAGCGAGCGGUCCAGGAGCUGGUGCACCCUGUGGUGGAUCGCUCCAUCAAAAUCGCCAUGACGACCUGCGAGCAGAUCAUCAGGAAGGACUUUGCCCUGGAUUCAGAGGAGUCCCGCAUGCGUGUGGCCGCCCACCACAUGAUGAGGAACCUUACAGCAGGCAUGGCCAUGAUCACCUGCCGCGAGCCGCUGCUCAUGAGCAUCGCCACCAACCUGAAAAACAGCUUUGCUGCUGCGCUUCGGGCUCCAACCCCCCAGCAGAGAGAGAUGAUGGAGGAAGCUGCAGCCAGAGUUGCUCAAGACAACUGUGAACUGGCGUGCUGCUUCAUUCAGAAGACGGCUGUGGAGAAGGCUGGCCCAGAGAUGGACAAAAGACUGGCCACGGAGUUUGAGCUCAGGAAGCACGCUCGCCAGGAGGGACGGCGCUACUGUGAUCCGGUUGUCCUGACCUACCAGGCUGAGCGGAUGCCGGAACAGAUCAGGCUGAAGGUGGGAGGAGUCGACCCCAAGCAGCUGGCCGUUUAUGAGGAGUUUGCCAGAAACAUCCCGGGUUUCUUGCCGAGCAACGACCUUUCACAGCCCACAGGCUUCCUGGCUCAACCCAUGAAGCAGCAGGCAUGGGCCACCGAUGACGUGGCUCAGAUCUAUGACAAGCUAAUCGCAGACAUGGAGCAGCUUCUUCACGCCAUCCCUCCAGCCCUCACCAUAAACCCUCUGACUCAGGCUCUGCGCAGCCUGCUGGAGUCUGUGGCCUUGGCCAGGAACUCCAGGGAUGGCAUCGCUGCUCUUGGGCUGCUGCAGAAGGCUGUGGAAGGACUCCUAGACGCUACAAGCGGUGCUGAUGCAGAUUUGCUGAUUCGCUACAGAGAGUGUCACUUGCUGGUGCUGAAAGCCCUGCAGGACGGACGAGCUUACGGACCGCAGUGGUGCAAUAAACAGAUCACAAGGUGUCUGAUUGAAUGUCGUGAUGAAUACAAAUACAACGUGGAGGCUGUUGAGCUUCUGAUCAGGAACCAUUUAGUGAAUAUGCAGCAGUACGACGUGCAUCUGGCGCAGUCGAUGGAGAAUGGAUUGCACUACAUGGCCGUUGCUUUCGCCAUGCAGUUAGUGAAGCUGCUGCUGGUGGACGAGCGCAGCGUCAGCCACGUCACCGAGGCGGACCUGUUCCAGACCAUCGAGACUCUAAUGAGGACCUGUGCUCACUCUAGAGCCAACGCUCCCGAGGGUCUUCCCCAACUGAUGGAUGUAGUCCGCUCAAACUAUGAAGCCAUGAUGGAACGUGCCCACGGCGGCCCCAACUUCAUGAUGCACUCUGGGAUCUCGCAGGCGUCUGAGUAUGACGAUCCUCCGGGGCUGCGGGAGAAGGCUGAGUACCUCCUGAGGGAAUGGGUCAACCUGUAUCACUCAGCUGCUGCAGGCAGGGACAGCACCAAAGCGUUCUCCGCCUUCGUGGGCCAGAUGCAUCAGCAAGGCAUCUUGAAGACGGAUGACCUGAUCACCAGAUUCUUCCGGCUGUGCACAGAGAUGUGUGUGGAGAUCAGCUACCGCGCUCAGGCUGAGCAGCAGCACAACCCGGCGGCCAGCGCAGCCAUCAUCAGAGCCAAGUGUUACCACAACCUGGACGCCUUUGUGCGGCUCAUCGCUCUCCUGGUCAAACACUCUGGAGAGGCCACCAACACCGUCACCAAGAUCAACCUCCUCAACAAGGUGCUGGGGAUCGUUGUCGGCGUCCUCAUCCAGGACCACGACGUCCGUCAGACGGAGUUCCAACAGCUUCCAUACCAUCGCAUUUUCAUCAUGCUGCUGCUGGAGCUCAACGCCCCAGAACACGUCCUGGAGACCAUCAACUUCCAGACCCUCACUGCCUUUUGCAAUACGUUUCACAUUCUGAGACCCACCAAAGCGCCUGGCUUCGUGUACGCCUGGCUGGAGCUCAUCUCCCACCGCAUCUUCAUCGCCAGGAUGCUCGCACACACACCGCAGCAGAAGGGCUGGCCCAUGUAUGCACAGCUGCUCAUCGAUCUCUUCAAGUACCUUGCCCCUUUCCUGAGGAAUGUAGAGCUCAACAAACCUAUGCAAAUUCUCUACAAGGGCACACUGCGAGUCCUCCUGGUCCUGCUGCACGACUUCCCAGAGUUCCUGUGUGAUUACCAUUACGGCUUCUGUGACGUCAUCCCACCCAACUGCAUCCAGCUCCGCAACCUCAUCCUCAGUGCCUUCCCACGCAACAUGAGGCUCCCUGACCCCUUCACCCCCAACCUGAAGGUGGACAUGCUGAGUGAGAUCAACAUCGCUCCCCGAAUCCUCACCAACUUCACGGGCGUGAUGCCGUCUCAGUUCAAGAAGGAUCUGGACUCGUACCUGAAGACGCGCUCUCCGGUCACCUUCCUGUCCGAGCUGCGCAGCAACCUGCAGGUGUCAAACGAGCCGGGAAACCGCUACAACAUCCAGCUGAUCAACGCGUUGGUGUUGUAUGUGGGCACACAGGCCAUCGCUCACAUUCACAACAAGGGCAGCACCCCCUCCAUGAGCACCAUCACCCACUCUGCACACAUGGACAUCUUCCAGAACCUGGCUGUGGACCUGGACACUGAGGGGCGAUACUUGUUUUUGAACGCAAUCGCCAAUCAGCUGCGCUACCCAAACAGCCACACCCACUACUUCAGCUGCACCAUGCUCUACCUGUUCGCUGAGGCCAAUACUGAGGCCAUCCAGGAGCAGAUCACCAGGGUUCUGUUGGAGAGGCUGAUCGUGAACAGGCCUCAUCCUUGGGGGCUCCUCAUCACCUUCAUCGAGCUCAUCAAGAACCCUGCCUUUAAGUUCUGGAGUCACGACUUUGUGCACUGUGCCCCUGAGAUCGAGAAGCUGUUCCAGUCCGUCGCUCAGUGCUGCAUGGGGCAGAAACAGGCCCAGCAGGUGAUGGAGGGAACCGGCGCCAGCUAGCCUGCGCAGCCACCAGCUCAAAGCACCUGGGAGAGAAAUUCGUGGCCUUGACCCGCCCCACCCCCAGCACACGGACACCCCCCCACUUCACCGUUGGCACUGGAUAAAACCGGCUCCCGCAGUCGUUUGAAAUGUGAAUGGAAGGACUGCUGCUCACGGAUCUAAAGAGAUUUUUGUUUUUUUAGUUUUUUCCCGUUCAGCUUGAGUUGAGAGGACAGAUUUGGGCUUAUUUUGACGCUUUGAUGUAAAUAUUGAAGAUAAAAGGGAGAGCAGGGAAGUGGACGGAUGGAUUUGGCUGCACAUGUCAAAGUGUGUCCUGGCCUGUACAGAACACUUCAAACUACCUAAGUCCUCAGUUCCUUCCCUCCAACACAAGUCUUUUUUUUUUUUCUUUUUGAGAGGUGAACGGUAGUUUUCCAUUAAAAAAAAAAAAAGCAAAAAAAAAAAACCUGCCUGAUAUUUUUUCAUUUGGUUCCUCGUUUUCUAGAGUAAGACUGAUCUCAGUUUGUGGUGGGUGGGGGGGGCUUCUCGUGGUUUUUCCAGCUGAAGUGGGCUCUGGAGAUCUCUCCCUGGCAGUUGUAAAAUUGUGCAAAGUGAUGGAAACAUCAUAACUUGACAAUUUGUAUAAAGAUCCAAAUGGAAGAACAAUAAUAGAAGGACCAAUACAGGCCAUUUUGUAACAUUUUGAAUGUUUUGUAAAUGUAUUGGUCCAUGUGUUGUAUUUUGUAGUUCUUUCUAGUUUGCCUUUAGUUCUUGCUACUUAAUUGCAGUAUGCAUACAUACAGGAAAUAAAACAUUUGAACUGCACAUCA